GCACAAAAUGGCCGAUCCAGGGCUUCGGUUUCAGCGAAUCGCCUGCAAUUCGAAUGAGUGACAGAUUAAACGCCGAAUAGAAGUCUGGAUUUGCUCCGUCCUGUAACCAAUAAUAUUCCACCACAGACAAAGCUUUACCACGGAAUAUGGUCAAAAUAUACUCAAGACGUUUUUGUUUUUUUUUCGGAAGCAGACUGAGAGCGAUGAACUAGCGCACAACUACUUCUCCACCGACACAUCAAUGAGCUGACAGCUUCUGUGACAUCGCCGGGGAAACUUACAAAAAACAAAAAAAAACGUACUUCUUUUUUAGCCACUAAAUGAGUCUGUAACCACUUUACGAUAUUUUUAUUUUUUUGGACGAGCCAGUAAGUCAGCUGCUGUCAUUAUAAAGAGACGACGCCAGCAGUGGUAAAAAAAAAAAAGAAUUAAAAAAAACACGGGUUUUGUCCUCUCCCGUCUGCUGGCGUGGGCGCAAAUUUUUACCUUUUCACAUUAUUUCUUCCAUUUGGUCGAUAGUAUUUUUAUUUUUUUUAUUUUUUUUGCCCUGUAAAAGCCAAAAGCCGAGCAGCCAGCAACACUUGAGUGCGAGUACGCCGCUGUGUCGGACUUGGGACGAGAAGCAGCUUGUGUACAACAACAAAAAAAAACAACCCUCGUCGAAUCGUGUUGAUAAUAUCUGUGAUAUUAUUCAACAUGACGGCUAUUGGAAUGGUGCAAAUGUUGAUCGAAGCCGCCGAGUACCUUGACCGCAGAGAACGAGAAGCUGAACAUGGAUAUGCCUCCAUGCCUCCUUUUAUGAGCAGCCAAGAGAGAGAAAGCUUGAAAAGGAAGAACAAAAGCAAGAAAAACAUAAGCAGCAGGACUUAUGCAGAUCCCAAAUGCACAACAGCAGGUACUCAUAGGUCUACACACAAUGAAAUGGAAAAGAACAGGAGGGCACAUCUACGACUCUGUUUAGAGCGACUGAAGUCCUUGGUUCCUUUGGGCCCGGAUGCCAACAGACACACCACGCUGAGCCUGCUGAUGAAGGCCAAAGUUCACAUCAAGAGGUUGGAGGAGAGCGACAGAAGAGCUCAGCACACUUUGGAACAGCUACAGAGAGAGCGGAGACAUCUGAGGAGGCGUCUCGAGCAGCUGGGGGUGGAGAGAACCCGCAUGGACAGCACAGGUUCCACCGUGUCCUCCGACAAAUCCGACUCUGAUCAAGAGGACCUGGAUGUGGACGUGGAGGGAACGGACUGCCUGCUGGGUGACUUGGAGUGGAGCACCAGCAGCGUGAGUGACUCGGGGGACGAGCGGGGCAGCCUGCGCAGCAGCUGCAGCGACGAGGGCUACGCCAGUGCCAGCCUGCUGCGUCUGCAGGACACUCAGGAGAGAGCCAAGCAGCCGGCCUGCAGCCUAUAGACCUCGCCUGGUCACCGGCCCCCUCAGGAUGUGCCGCCACGCCCCCGUCCCACACCCGCAUCACCACCUCACCUGGGAGGACCAAACACAUCUGAGGCUUCUCAUCCAGCAAAGCAACUGCAGAUUUCUUGACCACCAUUUUUGAGAGGUCUUUGAGGCCCCCGCCCACGAUCAGCAGACAGUCUGCAGGUGUGCAGUCAGUAGACAGUCUGCAGGUGUGCAGUCAGUAGACAGUCUGCAGGUGUGAAGUCCAACAUGAAGGAUCCCUCUUACUUUCCCGCCGGAGAAUGUUACCACACAAUAUCCCACUGCCUCUUCUCUGUCCCUCAGGAGCCUUGGGAAGCACUUAUGAGAUUUUACACACACGCACACACACACACACACACGCACACACACACACACACACACACACACACACACACACUCUCAACCAUGAGAUUUUACACACACUCCCCCAUGACAUUUUACACAAACACAUAUUCCACCAUGAGAUUUUACACACACAAACACACACUCAACCAUGACAUUUUACACACACACACACACACACACACGCACACACACACACACACACACACACACUCUCACUCUCUCCACCAUGAGAUUUUUACACACACACACGCUCUGCCAUGAGAUUUUACACACACACGCACUCUCCGCCAUGAGAUUUUUACACACACACACUCCACUGUGAGAUUUUACACACACACACUCCACCAUGACAUUCUACACACACACACACACUCCACCAUGAUAUUUUACACACACACACUCCACCAUGACAUUCUACACACACACACACACACACACUCAACCAUGAGAUUUUACACACACACACACACACACUCCACCAUGACAUUCUACACACACACACACACUCAACCAUGAGAUUUUACACACACACACUCCACCAUGACAUUCUACACACACACACACACACUCAACCAUGAGAUUUUACACACACACACGCUCGACCAUGAGAUUUGACACACACAAAACACACACUCAACCAUGACAUUUUACACAAACACACACACACACACACACUUGACCAUGAGAUUUGACACACACAAACACACACUCAACCAUGAGACUUUACACACACACACAUUCUCCACCAUGAGACUUUACACAAACACACACACACACAUUCCACCAUGAGAUUUUACACACACACACUCCACCAUGAGAUUUUAUGCACACACAUACACACACACACACACACACACACUCUCAACCAUGAGAUUUUACACACACUCCCCCAUGACAUUUUACACAAACACAUAUUCCACCAUGAGAUUUUACACACACAAACACACACUCAACCAUGACAUUUUACACACACACACACACGCACACACACACACACACACUCCACCAUGAGACUUUACACAAACACAAACACACACACACACACAUUCCACCAUGAGAUUUUACACACACACACUCCACCAUGACAUUCUACACACACACACACACACUCAACCAUGAGAUUUUACACACACACACACACACACACGCUCGACCAUGAGAUUUGACACACACAAAACACACACUCAACCAUGAGAUUUUACACAAACACACGCACACACACUUGACCAUGAGAUUUGACACACACAAACACACACUCAACCAUGAGACUUUACACACACACACAUUCUCCACCAUGAGACUUUACACAAACACACACACACAUUCCACCAUGAGAUUUUACACACACACACUCCACCAUGAGAUUUUAUGCACACACAUACACACACACACACUCUCAACCAUGAGAUUUUACACACACUCCCCCAUGACAUUUUACACAAACACAUAUUCCACCAUGAGAUUUUACACACACAAACACACACUCAACCAUGACAUUUUACACACACACACACACACACACACACACACACACACACACACACACACACACACACACACUCUCACUCUCUCCACCAUGAGAUUUUUACACACACACACGCUCUGCCAUGAGAUUUUACACACACACGCACUCUCCACCAUGAGAUUUUUACACACACACACUCCACUGUGAGAUUUUACACACACACACUCCACCAUGACAUUCUACACACACACACACUCAACCAUGAGAUUUUACACACACACACACACACACUCCACCAUGACAUUCUACACACACACACACACUCAACCAUGAGAUUUUACACACACACACUCCACCAUGACAUUCUAUACACACACACACACACACUCAACCAUGAGAUUUUACACACACACACACUCAACCAUGAGAUUUUACACACACACACUCUCGACCAUGAGAUUUGACACACACAAAACACACACUCAACCAUGAGAUCUUACACAAACACACACACACACUUGACCAUGAGAUUUGACACACACAAACACACACUCAACCAUGAGACUUUACACACACACACAUUCUCCACCAUGAGACUUUACACAAACACACACACACACAUUCCACCAUGAGAUUUUACACACACACACUCCACCAUGAGAUUUUAUGCACACACAUAUACACACACACACACACACACACACUCUCAACCAUGAGAUUUUACACACACUCCCCCAUGACAUUUUACACAAACACAUAUUCCACCAUGAGAUUUUACACACACAAACACACACUCAACCAUGACAUUUUACACACACACACACACACACACACACACACACACACACACACACACACACACACACACACACACACACACACACACACACGCGCACACACACACACACACACACACACACUCCACCAUGAGACUUUACACAAACACACACACACACACAUUCCACCAUGAGAUUUUACACACACACACUCCACCAUUAGAUUUUAUGCACACACACACACACUCUCAACCAUGAGAUUUUACACACACGCACUCCCCAUGACAUUUUACACACACACACUCCCCCAUGACAUUUUACACACACACACACUCCACCAUGAGAUUUUACACACACACACACACACACACACACACACUCAACCAUGAGAUUUUAUGCACACACACAAACACUCGACCAUGAGAUUUUACACACACAAAGACACACGCACCCACACACACACACACACACAUACUCCCCCAUGACAUUUUACACACACUCCUCAAUGAGAUUUUACACAUACACACACACACACACUCCACCAUAAGAUUCUACACACACACACACUCCUCAAUGAGAUUUUACACACACACAUACACACACUCCACUAUGAGAUUCUACACACACACACACACACAUUGCAUCGAUCCUUGCUUUACAGUAAGACCGACAGUUUGGGUCGGUCUUUGUUUCCAAACAUAUCUUGACAGGAUCUACACGCCCUCUGUGCUGUUGACAUGUCAGAGAGGAUGUUUAAAGACGCUGCACAGCGGGGAAGAGUUUUGCAAACUCUUGUUUCACAAACCAAACUAGACUUGACAGGGAACUAACUGCUACAUGAGCCUCACGACCAAGGCGUCUUUCCCCUGUCAUCUUCUGGUCCAGACUUGGACUCUGGAGAAUUUGGAGUGCGGUUGAAGGGUUGACGCCUUUUGCCGCUCUCUGAUGACUGUUGUGUUUUUAAUGUGUGUGUGUGUGUG